AAUGUGUCUUUUACUACACUUUACCACAAUGAUUUGCUUGUUUUAUGUGACGUAUAUAGAGAUGUACACAAUAUUCAAAUUUAAUGGAGAAAAAAAAUGUAUUAAAAACUUUGAAAUUUAGAAAUAACACUUUUCAUAAAGGUGGUAUCUAUUAAUUUCAAUAAUGUCAUAAUAAUAUUUAAAGAUCAUAGUCUUCACUUCUACUGAAACUACCAGCAUUUCUCCAUAAAAAAAUUUCAGGCAUGUAUAUCUACAGUACAGUGUACUCAGGUUCGGUGCGUGGCCUAAAGAAACCUGGCAUUUCCCUGGGGCAUCAGACCACUAGGGGCGCACUGGGAGUGUUGCAAUGGUACUGCGCAAUCACCUUGGGCUGCCAUCUUGGUGAAACUAUAUUUGGUAUACUGCAUGUGGUGACGUGAGGUAACGACAUGUAAAACGUUAUAUAAAGGCCAAAUAAAUAAACAAAAAUAAAAGCAAACCAUAUAGAGAGAAAACAGAUAUUAUUGCAUACUAUAUACAGCAAGAAAGCAAUUUUUAAAAAUUAAAUUUGAAUAUUGCAUACAUCUCUAUAUACGUCACAUAAAACAAGCAAAUCAUGGUGGUUAAUUAUAACUACCAAACUUCAAUGUCAAAGGCAGAAAAGGAAAGCACAAACCGUACACACUGUAGUGUGCACAAGACGAGAAACUAUACACCAACAUGGGGCAUGAUGGCUUGUGGAUGUAACAUUGUGAUGUCACCUGCAGCUCCCAUGCUGGUAGUGCUUGAUCGGCACCUGCAGGCCCUGCAUAUACUAGUAGCAGUAGCAUGAGAAAUAGUAGCAAUAAAAUGGUAGUAGUAAGUAGAAUAUGGCUUUACAGUUGUAGAUUAGUGCCAGUCAUUAUAGUAAUUGUGUUUUUUUUUCUCAAAUAGUGUUAUUAUAAAUAGCAGGUCAGUAUAUACAUUUUUACAUUUUUAUGCGUGAUGUCAUUGUCGUUUUUUUCCAUCUAGUUGUUUCUAUGGACAAAUCCAGUAUUUGAUAAUGGGACAAAGUGCCAUGAAAAAAGAACUGAUAACAUACAUAUGAACAAAAAGAAGUCACUCAUUUAUAUAAUAUUUGGUAUUAUAGCAUAGAUUAUGUCCAGUUUCUAAUUAAUGCAACUCCUUCAAAACAGUGAUAAUUACAUAUUUCUCCUACAGUAACAUUGACAUUUUAUCAUAAACCAAGUGUGGAAUUAAUGAAUUAUGAAUAUAAACAACUCAUAUAUAUUGUCACUGGCUUUAAUAUACGUAGCCAGUGCUCCUGCCUCUUUUUCAUGUGGCUCACAUUAUCAGAACCUCUCAACACGUGGCUAUCUGAGAACGGGAAGGGCUGUGGGAAGCCAGAAUAACAGCUAUCAUCGCUUUGCUGUCAUGGAGGCCGUCAGCUUGGCGACUGCAGAGCUGCCUGAGCGGUCAUCCCCCGAAGGGGAAGCCACCGCACAGCUGCCCAUCACAUGCUCUAGCUCAUACACGCCGUCGGAUGUUUCUUUGAGCUAUAAAUGGAUAGGCAUGUCAGUGAGCGGCAAUCCAAAGUCAUGUAGCUUUGGCACAGGAGCCGCCAGAGAAUGAUUGGCCCCGCGCUCGUCGGCUUCCUUAUUUUCCAGUGGCCUCUCUCCAGCUACCUCGCAAACGUUUCUUUGCAGCCGCAGGACUGUCAGAAGUCCAGUUUAAAAACUUUGUCCUGCUGGAAUCAGAAUCUCUCCUCUAUACCUGCUGACUUAAACCCGAGGCUGCGGCAGCUUGAUCUGUCAAACAACGUCAUCACAGAAAUAGGUGUGGUGAGUUUGAGAUUCCUCCAGAACUUGGACAUUAGUCAAAAUGAACUGCAUGUCAUACAUGAGGGAGCAUUCAAGAACUUGGUGGAACUUCACACGCUAACUCUUGGAAGAAACUUUCUUUCUCAUAACUCCAUUGACAACAGCAAAUCUUUCCUGCACCUUUACAGACUGAACACUUUGGAUUUGUCAUUGAAUAAUCUGGAUGAAAAAGACGUGGAGUUCUACCUGAGAAAUGCAUCGUAUCUAGAGUACCUCAGUCUCUCUGGGAAUGUCCUAACCAAACUUACACCUGGAAUCUUUACAAGAAGCCAGAAUCUGAGAAGCAUUAUUGCAGAAAAUAACUUUAUAUCUGAAAUAGAGCAGGGAACUUUUGAGUCUUUGACCAGACUUGCAGAGUUGAAUUUGGCCAGAAAUAACUUGGGCUCUAUUUGUGAUUUUAAACUUUCCCAGCUAAAAAAAUUAAACUUAAGCAGAAAUGCUUUACAAUUCUUCAUCACUCAGAAGACUGAAAAUAUAUUUCAACUUGAAAUGUUAGACCUUAGUUAUAAUAAUCUUUUGCUUUUUCCUCUAUUACCCAAUAGAAAUAAUCUAAAGUAUCUUAACUUAAAAAACAACAAAGUAGGUGUUUUAGAAAACCAACUGCCAUUUCUAGAAACACUCUUUUCAUACCACAAAAUCUCAAACCUAUAUGACAGUGGGUUGGAAAGUGUUGAAAAUAUAUACUCUGCCUUAAAGGAGACACCCUUAGUUGAUUUGGACUUGAGUGAGAACCAGUUCUCUUCUUUCCCUAUGGAGAUAUGUAGCUAUUUAGUGUCACUUAAGUCAUUAAAUCUAAGUGGCAACUGCCUGAUGAAUAUCAGUGAUGCUGAGAUCAAAAAUUACGCACAAGAAGGGCAGCCACAACAGAGUUGUCCUUCUUUAAAGUCCUUGGAUCUUCAAAACAAUCAGAUUAGUUAUUUUUCCCCAGAUUUCUUGAAGGCUCUGCCAAAAAUUGAAGAGCUAAUUCUCAAAAAAAACUACGUGAAGCCUUGUUCAUAUAGGAACCAAACGGGAGAAUCCACAUCCAUACAAACAAAUCUCGUUGAUGAUAGCCACUGUGUUUCCUUUAGGAGACUCAGGACACUGAAAUAUUUGGACCUGAAGGAGAAUGGUAUUAAGCUGCUGUCCCCAUGCACAUUUGAGCACACCCCUUUAGUCACACUGGACCUGGAUGGUAAUGAGGAGAUGAUCUUGGAAAAGGGGGCCCUAGACGGUUUACAGAACACGCUUCAAUCACUGAGCCUUGGUAGAAACAGAAUGACAAGUUUGGACUUGUCUGUAAAAUGUCUGAAAACUCUGAAGAAGCUGAACGUGGCAGACAAUUAUUUGGAUGUCCUUCCUGAAGUUAUUGCCUGUUCACCUCUGAAAGAGCUUGAUUUGAGGAACAACAAUUUCACAGAUUUGGAAGAGUCUGUUAUCAGAAAGGUGUCCAUUUAUCUAAACACUAUAUACAUCAGUGGAAAUUUUUUCAACUGUUGUUCAGCCGUGUGGGUGAAGUUCUUGAGUGAAUCAAAUGUAAAAAUACCUGAUCUCAAAAACACAUUGUGUUUCAUCAAGCAAAAUGUCAGCAUUUUCCCUGACUUCAUCAGCUCUGACUCCCUUUCUAAGCAGUGUUCCCUUGAAGUCAGUACAGAGGUGGGUAUAACAAACCUUGUAAACAUAAUACUUUUUGUUUUUUGUUUUACAUUCACAUUAAUGAUUGUAUUUAUUGUUAUUAGAUGUGCUUUGAAUUCCUCACUUCCAUUUAGAAACAAUAAAGUAGUGUCUUUUCAGUCUGGAAAUGAUAACCAAUGUUCAGGUGGGGUAGCUAAAAUCAGCAUAUUCGAAACUGUAAAAUAAUCUGUUACAUGAGAAUAAUUCUGUGAAAUAUUGUGUAGUGGCAUGUACUGAACACAACAUUGUCUGUUUUAUGUUUGUGUGAAGUUUUUCCCAGCAAGACUAAGCUUUUAAGCCCGAAACUCAUGACGUCAGUUAUUUAUCAAUAUUUAUUCUCGGUUUGUCAUAGAAUGCAAUGGAAAAAGCUUAAAUUCAUAUACUCAAGUUAUGACAUAUCAGCUAUAGAGUAACUUCCUAUAUGACGGUUCUUCCUUCCCGAUUUCCAAGUUCACCACAAGUGUUUUUUUUUCAUCCAGCUAGCAUCACUAUUUUCCAACUGUCAGUAAGCAAAGGAGUUUCACACAUUAAUGCACAAAUUUCAGCUGUAUAUAGCAUUUUCAAUACAAAAUAACAUGUAAAUCGCGUGAUGUCUAGCAUGAAUUACAGUGAGACUUGUUUGUAACGUAGAGUAUAAAAAAACAUGAAAUAUCUGACAUUGAAGGGCCAAAAAUAGGCAGCUAUGUUGUAAUAUGAUUGUGUGUUGUAUGACUGUAAUGUUGUAUAUUGUAUAAAAUUAUUGAUUUUGCAUGAUUUUGUAUUUGCUUUUAAAUAUGAAACAGACAUAGCAACUGCAGUAAAUACAAGUGCAACACAA